AUGACCCUCCGGCGGCGCGGCGAGAAGGCGACCAUCAGCAUCCAGGAGCACAUGGCCAUCGACGUGUGCCCCGGCCCCAUCCGGCCCAUCAAGCAGAUCUCCGACUACUUCCCCCGCUUCCCGCGCGGCCUGCCCGCCGCCGCGCCCCGCGCCGCCGCGCCCCCCGCCGCCCCCGCCGCCGGCCGCCGCAGCCCCGCCGACGGCGCCCGCGACGACGAGGAGGACGUGGACCAGCUCUUCGGAGCCUACGGCGCCGGCCCCGGCCCCGGCCCCGCGCGGCCGCCCGCCAAGCCGCCCGAGGAGGAGCCGGACGCCGACGGCUACGACUCCGACGACUGCACCGCCCUGGGCACCCUGGACUUCAGCCUCCUGUACGACCAGGAGAACAACGCGCUGCACUGCACCAUCGGCAGGGCCAAGGGCCUGAAGCCGAUGGACCACAACGGGCUGGCCGACCCCUACGCCAAGCUGCACCUGCUGCCGGGGGCCAGCAAGGCAAAUAAGCUCAGAACAAAAACUCUCCGAAACACGCUGAACCCCACGUGGAACGAGACCCUCACUUACUACGGGAUCACGGACGAAGACAUGAUCCGAAAGACCCUGCGGAUCUCCGUGUGCGACGAGGACAAGUUCCGCCACAACGAGUUCAUCGGGGAGACGCGCGUGCCCCUCAAGAAGCUCAAGCCCAACCACACCAAGGCCUUCAGCAUCUGCCUGGAGAAGCAGCUGCCGGUGGACAAGACGGAGGACAAGUCCCUGGAGGAGCGUGGCCGCAUCCUCAUCUCCCUCAAGUACAGCUCGCAGAAGCAGGGCCUGCUGGUGGGCAUCGUGCGCUGCGCUCACCUGGCCGCCAUGGACGCCAACGGCUACUCGGACCCGUACGUGAAAACAUACCUGAAGCCCGAUGUGGACAAGAAAUCCAAACAUAAGACAGCAGUCAAGAAGAAGACCCUGAACCCAGAGUUCAACGAGGAGUUCUGUUACGAGAUUAAGCACGGGGACCUGGCCAAGAAGACCCUGGAGGUCACCGUCUGGGAUUACGACAUUGGGAAAUCCAACGAUUUCAUUGGCGGUGUGGUUCUGGGCAUCAAUGCCAAGGGCGAGCGCCUGAAGCACUGGUUCGACUGCCUGAAGAAUAAGGACAAGCGGAUCGAACGCUGGCACACGCUCACCAACGAACUCCCCGGGGCCGUGCUCAGCGACUGA